CAAUUGUAUCAAUCUUAAAUCUUAAUUGUCAAAUCUUGUCAAUAUUAUAAAGCGUUGAUUUUUAAGUUAUAGAAUUUGUAAACUAGCUUUUCAAAUUGACUUUAUCGAAUGAGUAAGUCAAAAGUAUCAGCAGAAUGGAAGAAACGAGUAAAAUCGGAAUAUAUGAGGCUUCGCCAAAUGAAAAGAUUCAAAAGAGCGGACGAAGUAAAAGUUGCUUGGGCGCGAAACUUACGUAUAAUGUCAGAGGCGAUAGAGGCGCGUGAAUCGGAGACAGCGGAGCGGGGGCGCAGGCCUUUCUGGCCUCCUCCAUCACCCAGCCCUAGCCACGAAAGUCUUAUGAAAAGAGCUGAAGUUACCUAUACAGAUUCAUCAGGAGUUGUGACCACACAACAAGUGCCGAUCCGUAUCAUAAACUCUGUAAACCCCAUACCUACUAUGUACACAUGGGCACCAACUCAGAAGAACUUCAUGGUGGAGGAUGAGACAGUGCUCCAUAACAUUCCAUACAUGGGGGACGAGGUGUUGGACCAAGAUGGGACAUUCAUUGAGGAACUCAUUAAGAACUAUGAUGGAAAAGUUCAUGGUGAUAAAGAAGGAGGUUUUAUAGAUGACCAGCUAUUUGUGGAUCUGGUGCAUGCAUUAAUGACAUAUCAGACCAAGGAUGAGGUUGCUGAAGAGAGGAAGGAGAGAGAACUACGUAACUCUAAAGAAGAUAAAGAUAAAGAUACAAGUAAAGAAGGUAAAGAGAAAGAAAAAGACAAAGAAGAAGUCAAGGAUGGUGACAAGAAAGCAGUUGUUGAUAAGCAGUUCCCAAUCUUCACUAUAUUCCAGGCUAUCAGCUCACAGUUCCCUGACAAGGGCACCGCUCAGGAACUAAGAGAAAAGUAUGUGGAGCUGACGUCUCUUCGUGAUCCGGAUGCAUUGCCACCAGAGUGUACACCCAACAUAGAUGGCCCGCUAGCAGAGUCUGUGCCACGCGAACAGACCAUGCACUCUUUUCACACGCUCUUCUGUCGGCGCUGCUUCAAGUACGACUGCUUCUUGCACCGUUUACAAGCGUGCCAUCCCGGACCCAACCUGAGCAAGCGCAAGGGGCCAGACCUCAAGCCCUUCGCAGAGCCUUGCGGACCUAACUGCUACAUGCUCUUGGAGGGCAUGCGAGAGAAGCUGGCUCGGGAGCAGGCGGCGGGCGAGGAGGAGUCGGGCAAAGCGCACGCCAUCGACUCCCCCAACGACGCCUCCUCCGAGGACAGCAACGACAGCAACAGAUACCAGAAAGGUAGCAAUAGUAACUCCAGCAACAGCAACUGGAGCUCCAAUGGUGUGGGCAAGGGCGCAGACCCCGCCGCGGCCGCAGACCCCGCAUACAACGCGCUCGGUCUGACGGUGGGUGACAUAGAGUCAGAGUGGACAGGCUCGGACCAGUCUCUGUUCCGAGCACUGCACAAGGUCUUCCCCUCCAACUACUGCGCCAUCGCACAGCUCAUGCUGUCCAAGACAUGCCAGCAGGUGUACUCGUACUGGAUCCGCACGGGUCAGGAGGAGUGCCGGGUGGAGGCGGAGCUGACACCACCACGUAAGAAGAAGAAGAAGCACCGCCUUUGGUCUGUGCAUUGCCGCAAGAUACAACUCAAGAAGGACUCCGCCUCACAUCAUGUAUACAACUACACGCCGUGCGACCACCCCAACCAGCCGUGUGACAACAUGUGCCCCUGUCUGCAGUCACAGAACUUCUGCGAGAAGUUCUGUCAGUGCAGCAGCGACUGUCAGAACCGGUUCCCGGGAUGUCGCUGCAAGGCGCAGUGCAACACCAAGCAGUGCCCGUGUUACCUGGGAGUGCGCGAGUGUGACCCCGACCUCUGCGUGGCGUGCGGCGCUGACGCCCCCAGCCCUGGCCCCGCCCCACCACACGCCCCCCCACACGCCCCCCCACACGCCCCCGCGCUCAGACAACACGCCCAUGUCUACUGCCGCAACGUCUCCGUACAGAGGGGCCUCCACAAACACCUGCUGCUGGCACCUUCGGACGUGGCGGGCUGGGGCAUCUUCCUGAAGGAGGCUGCGCACAAGAACGAGUUCAUCUCCGAGUACUGCGGAGAGAUCAUCUCACAGGAUGAGGCUGAUCGUCGCGGCAAGGUCUACGACAAGUAUAUGUGCUCCUUCCUCUUCAAUCUUAACAAUGACUUCGUGGUUGACGCGACGCGCAAAGGUAACAAGAUCAGGUUCGCGAACCACUCCAUCAACCCCAACUGCUACGCCAAGGUGAUGAUGGUGAAUGGUGAUCACCGCAUUGGCAUCUUCGCCAAACGCGCCAUACAACCUGGAGAGGAGCUGUUCUUCGACUACAGAUACGGACCGACGGAGCAACUGAAGUUUGUUGGCAUUGAACGGGAAAUGGAAUUCUUAUGAGAACAAAGCAAACAGUGACUUGUGUCACUAACACUGAGUUCCCACUGUCAAUAAACAUCAACAAAAAUAUAUUGUUUACAAAAACAUGUGGGAUGAUACAUGUUUUACAUGCCGCAGUGGAAACAGUCUCGUCAACAAGUGCCUAAAUGACCUAGUGACAAUUCACUUGUUACUAAGACUUUAUUGUAUUUCAUUAUUAACAUAU